GGGCCCUAGCUACUCUUCAUAAUUUCGCUAUGUUUGACCGAUCGACUUGUUAGCCUCUAGUCUGUACUUUUUUAAAAAGCGUGUCAGUAGCAAUUCAGAGAUCCAGUGAACAGUUUGUUUUCGAGCUUCCUUAUUAAAGUAAUAUUGGGUAUCAUGGAACGCUCAGUGUCAGAUGCCUCCUCCACUGACCUGGUGACAUCAACAGAUUCAUUUACUCCAGCAGCUCCGGCAGCUAACAGAUUAGAUAGAUUUAAAAAUGUUAUAGCUAUUGUGACAGUUGAACCUGUAUUAUUCUUGUAUAUGCUAGCAACAUUUAUGCAGUAUUCAGUAUUUCAAGAUUUAGUGUAUCAGAAGACUUGUCAGAGCAAUUUCAAUUCUUCAGUGUGCCAAAACCUCAACAACAACAGCUAUGCACUAGAUGUUGUUCAAGAACAGGCUUCUCAUUGGAUUCUUGGCUCUACAGCAGCCCUAACUAUCCCCUCAAUAAUUGUUGCUAAUUAUCUUGGAUCGUAUUCUGACUUGUAUGAUCGAAAGUGGCCAAUUCUCUUUCCAGCAUGUGGCAUGGUGCUUGCAAGCAUUGUCUACAUUCUCAUGUCCUUGUAUGAUUCCAUUCCAGUUUCUAUGAUUGUUCUGGCUAGUUUUCUGUCUGGAAUAUUUGGAGGUUUUGUUAGCUGUAUCAUGAGUGUCAUGAGCUACAUUUCGGCUGUUACGAGCGAAGAGAGCCGCUCAUUGCGAGUAGCCAUGUUAGAGGCUAUGACUUUCUGUGGCGGGACCGUGGGGCCCUUUAUCGGUGGUGCCUUACUAGGAGCAACUCAAAGCCAUGCUGCUGUCUUCCUUGUGAUUAUGGCCUUUUAUGUACUAGUUAUCCUUUACGUAAUCUUCUUGGUGCCGUCGGUUAAGGAUGAUCGAUCCGCCGACGAGCAAUUAAUCCUGACCUCCGAAAAUUACUGUCGAAAACUCUUUAGUUGCCAUCACUUUCAAUCAAGUUUGCAAACCUGUUUCAAGCCUCGUCCCAAUAAUCGACGCCGGAACCUUCUUCUUCUCAUAGCUUGCGCACUUAUAACUAUGACCGUUACAGCAGGUGAAAUGGACGUAGCUUAUCUUUUCACAAAGGAUGACCCACUUUACUGGAGUUAUGAAACCUACAGUUAUUAUUUCGGGUUGAAAUUCGGAGUUGGCGCGCUUUCGCUAAUCGCCUUAUCCCCAGUGGUCCGCCGAUUAAAACUACAGGAGGCCAUCACCUGCUGCAUCGGUCUUGUCUCCAAAGCCGCUGGGUUGGUCCUGCACGGCUUCGCAACAACCAAUGCCAUGAUGUUUUGUGUCCCAUUUCUUUCAAUGUUCAACACUUUUUGCCUACCAUCCAUUCGCUCACUUUUGUCUAAACAGGUCGAUCCCAAUGAAUUAGGAAAGCUGUUUGCAUUUGUUGCUUCCAUUGAAAAUAUUUGCACGUUGCUUGGCUCGAUCGUGUUCAACAUCCUUUACCCGCUGACACGAUCUAUAUUCCGUGGGUUCACCUUCGAGUUGGCCGCUAUUAUGCUGAUCAUCCCACUAGUCAUAAUGAGCUACUUGAGUUACCAAAUGAAGAGGGAGCUUUAUUACGUUUCUUCUGCGGCAGCCCGUCGAUCUGACACUUCAGCGUGAAGGAGAACAAGUAAGAUCGUCGACCUUUUCCGUACAAAAUCUCAAGAGAAGAAAUUUGUUAGAGAUUUAGGGGUCUAUAAAAAGACCCGCGUAACAGCAAUCAAACGAAGUAAGAGAGAGAGAGAAAAAAAAGAAACUAUGUACUCGAUAUGUUUUUGAUAUUCUAUGACGAAUAGUUUAUUUGUUGUAUUCUCCCACCGAUUUCGUCGAGUCGUCACGUGCGAUUCGUUCGGGAAAAAAAAAACAGAUUUCGGACAAUCGAUGCGGCUAUUUGGAAAUUUACUCACAUUCAUCAUUGAAACAAAAAAAUAUGAGGAAAACAAAAUUGUGAUAGGUUUGGUUGCAUGCGCAUUGAUUGCGCAUUAAAGACAAAGCCGAAUUACCCGCAUCCUUGUGGGUUAUCGAACAGCCGAUUGUAAAGAGAAAAACAAAAAUGGUCUUUCUCUUUUUUGUUUUUUUGGCAAGGAAAGAAAAGAGAAGAAGCAGCACAGAGGAGAAAACAAACCCACAUCUGCAUCGUAUCUCCUGCCAUUUUCUCUGGCGAGAGUUACGACCGAAAUCAGUUUUCUCCCCAGUCCGGGUCACGCGCAUCAGUUGAAACUGGAACGAUUUGAAACAUUGGGCGUUCGCCUGUGAAACAUUUGGAAUUGUCGUGUCAAUGAAUGAAUGUCGUGCUGCGUUUCAAUCUUUUCGAGAAAGAACAAUGGGCAAAACUCUGUGCAUUGAAAGUGAGCCAAAGAAGAACAAUUGAAACCUUGAAAAAAUCCCCCCCCAAACAGAGAAAUGGUGUGCUUAGUGGCACCCGAUUGUUUCCUUUUCAAAGUGCAUAAUGACGAAACAAGUAGUAUACGACAGUGAACCCUUCCGCCUCGGUUCAUCGCUCAGAAUACAGUCUGUACAGGAAAAAGCAGAGUCGUCCGUGACCUUGUCACGUCACGUGGCCUACUUCUUCAGGCCAAGACAACGCAAGCUCUUUUGUUUUUAGUUACAGACCAAGCCAAGCGGAUCUCCGCUUUUUUGUCUAAAGGAAAAUGCCACUCUUUUAAAAAGCCACUUGGAAAUGUGCGCUAUUACUUCUGGACCUGGCAGCGAAAUUUUAGGUAAUGCCUAUGGUCAAAAGAACAUUAGACCUCCCGUCGGUUCUCGAGAUUCAACCAUUUGAAUGCAAAGCCUCUGCCAAGCCAAAGAAACUUUACAUAAAAUAAUCCAGUAAAAAAAAAGAGCUGCGAAUGAUACAAGUCCGUUUGAUUAUUCAUGAACCGGUUGUUGCGUGCUGAUGUUGUUUCGUCCCCUUGGCCAAGUGUCGCGGCUGGCCAUGAUUUACCUUAAAUAGUUACAUACGAGCGCGUACUUUAUUUGGUUAAAUAAUUGCGGUGUAUAUAAUAGACACGCCCGCUCCUUCAACUCUCCUCUGCUGAUUGGAAUAAGCCAGGUAACUCAAUCUGGAGUAAUCUAUUCAUAUCAGGUAUAAUCUGUUGACAUAUGAUCCGGCUGUGUGCCCUUUUAAGGGUUCGAACAGGAUUUGAGCACUUUAAACACUUCGUUUGCAUCAACGAUGGUGUCAACCUACUUUUUUUUUUUUUUUUUUUUUACGAGCACCUCGUCAAUUUCAAACUCUCCUUGCCACUCUUGACACACUCUCCCGCGGUCGGUCGGUCGGUCGUUCGUUCGCUCCAUUCGUCUAUCUAUACGUGAGUCUCUCGAGAGUGCAACAGUCACGACAGGUUCAAAUGUCAUUCGUCACGUCAUGUGAGAAUUGCUGUUCCGCAGAGAGUGGCCUUGCCUAUUUUGGCUGGCUCAACAGGAAGACGAAGGAACAGGUGUCGUUAGGUAAUCAUCAAGCAGUUUGCUAGGUGGUCGUGAACAUGCAGCACAGGCAUUAUUACGACGGGAAGGACUAGACGAGCUUCGAGUUGAACGCGGGUAAAAGCUUCAAGAGAACGAGGAAACCGUCUCCUCACGAAAGUCAGAAAUGUCGGAGAAAACCAAACGACUGGAAAGCCGCCGCCGCACGGAACUAUUCAUCUUCUUUCCACGACGUUGGAACUGGGACGCGCGCGUAUUAAAUGGGUAUUAAAAAGAAGAAGGGAGAAAAGUAAACGGGGAAAGGAAUUGACGCGGUACCGCCGGACAUGGCGAAGGUUCGUAUAAUUAAUAUCGUACUACACGUCGCCCGGGAAUUUCUCGUGAUGGGAUCCUCACGCGCCGAGCUGAUUCUUCAUCCUUCCAUUUCUCAUCAGAUUGGUGAAAGUCGAAAUGGUACAGCGUAGUACGUGACGCUUUGCUAAAAUUUGCCGAUAAAUAAAAUGAUUGUUUAUUAGCCUUUUCUUUCUAUUUGAAUUGGUUUCCCCUGCGGAUAUCGGACGCACAGGUGCGGCCGAUGGUAACGGCACCGUGUCGGCACCGAUCUGUCGAUUCACUCUUUUGGAGAAUAAUUUAAAAAUAAAUUCGUUCAUCCUCCAAAGGGAGGAUCGCUGUCAGUUCCAGUCUGACAGGAAAAAAACAAAAUUUAUUGUUCCAAGUGGGAGAUCUUCUACAAAGAAGAGAAGAAAAAAAAAGCUCCAGAAGAACCGAAAUGUAUUAAGACGAAAUUUACAUCGGCGACGUUGAUGGUGGCAGCCCUGGGCAACACCGAAUGCAGGCCAAGGAUCUAACUCAACCGAGAAACGUUGCCGAGCGUGAUGGAUCACUACACCGUCAUAAGUCUGAGCAUAUUUCAACCGAACGCGUUUGCCAGCAGAGCAGCACAAAACUGGUUUGCCGUGCAACGCAUAAGUCAUCAGUGACAGCAGCUACUCUGCAUGUUGUCACAACACUCAACAACACUUUCAAACCGUACUAUUUGCACAACAAAGAAGUUGGAUGAGAAAAUUUCCAUUCUCGCUUGAAUAACAAUGCGGGAGUGUUGGUGCGUUUCAGCCAACACGUACUCGGUAGGUACGACAAGAGCCAAGUGACCGGAAAUGUCUGACCGCAACUUGAGCAACUCUAUGGUAAGUCGUAAACGCAGUUCUUAUUAGCCGCCUGUACAAUUACCCAGGCAACUCUUAUUCUGUUUGUUCCUUUUUUAUUGACUGAAGGUAAAUAAACUAUUCAAGCGCGUCCAACGUCCUACACUCGCACAGGUGAAAGUUAUCCUCGACAGCCUUCGGUUGUUGAAACAAGAGGGAACUUUUUGAACAAUUGGGAAUAAUCUGAAAGUGGUAUGUACAACAAAGCAGACAUCGCCUAUAGAGAUUUGAAGAGUUUAUCGGGCGUUAAAGAUUCGCGGCAAACUUUUCGAAAUCUAAUCACGAGAACGAGGUUAACUCGACUAUCGCCAGGGUAUUUAGGGCUGCCGCUUUCUGAUUUCAUUCAAGAAUGCAGACGUUUCAUAGCCGGCUCGACAUGAUGACUCUUGACUUAGUCAUCCUUAAACAAUUUUACGUCGCAUCAGCCUGUCUCUCCUUUUCUGUGUAGAAUUUUUUCUUUUUUUUAAAGAAUCGUUUAAAGAGUUUCUCCGUCAACUAUUUUUGUGCUGUACACAAUAAUUUAAAGGAGAGAGAAAAAAAUCAUCUUUACCUUAAAGGAAUUGGGCGGAUGUCUCGACUCUCCGAGACCCGAGAGUUAUGAAAAACAUGCUGCCCCCAUGAAUAACGAGCAUAAUAUUUGUGUUGUUUUUCUUUUACUUGCUUGUUUUAUUUUCUCUUACGCACACAGUGCCUCGAGCAAUUAAGUAUGAAUGGAAUUUUCAUCUAGAGGGAGAUUUUUUAGAUUUUUUCACGCCCGAGGUUUUGAUUUUCUCACGAAUGGCACAUUCUUCUUCUUAUUUUUUCUUCAAUGGCUUCUUUCUUUUUUCUAAUAACAGUGGGAGCAGGUUUCACUGGCAACGUAUACUUGUUGACAAACGUGGCAAGUUUCAUUUUCGUCUGCUAUUGUGGUCGGUCGGCAUUACCGAGUGUUAUUACGAAAUUCUACGAUAAAAAAGCUACCAAUGUGAAGAUUGAGUCUACGCCAUCAUAAAAAUAAAUAGUGAACAUGUUUUCCUUUCGAUUUUUUAUUGCCUUGUGCCUUGUGUUAAUGAUGAUUGAAAACACAUUGUCAACGGGCGAAAACGCACUGCAAACGUCCAACGACGAUGUACAAAAGAAAGCGUUAGAAACUCAAAAUCAUGCCAACAAUUCCGGUACUUCCACGAUCCCGAUAGUUGGUAAAAAUGAAUCCCCAAACAAUCAAACAUGGAAUUAUGGAUCCAGCUUCAUUCCGAACAAGGAUGCCCUGAUCAGAAGCACAUACGUCUUUGGCGGUCUCUGCUUCUUGGCCAUUCUCUACUUUGUCUUUAGGACUUGCCGUUUAAGAAGAAGAAGGGGAAGUAGCAGAAGAACAGGCACUCGCAAGUAUCGUCCUCUCAAUUCAGGAGCUGGCAGCCAAGAAAUGGAGCCUCUUGGAGAUGGUGGUGAUGAUGACGAAGAUGAAGACACACUGUUUGACUCCCAGCCCUCCACUGUAACUCACCCACCUCCUUCUCUGGGUAUCUGAGUAGACCAUUAAUAGCCAUUUCCUUAACAGAUAUUCACAUUUAAACUGGUAUUUAAUUAUUUCCCCAUGUCUUAACACUUUACAGCAUUAUAAAGGUAUUUGUGUGCGUGUAAUUUUUUUGUUAACAGUAGGAUUCCACGUCAAACGUACGUUCAUAAGAACGCACCGCGGUCCACUCGUGCAUUCCUAUUCCAUGUAGCUCUUGUAAAAAGCAUUAUGAAAGAUAAAAUUUUUUUUCUUUCGAUUGUA